AUGUCGGUCCUCGCCCGGAGAGCCUCCACCCAGCUACUCGCCUCUCGAUCCGUCCACCUGCGAAUCCAACCACGGCCCGCCAACCUCUCUGAAAGCCGCGAGAUCUUGCGCGUCCUACAGCGCUUCGGAGAGAUCAGCACCUACAAGUAUCUCCGGUACGAGUACCACAAUCCGGCGGAUAACAUCGCCCUCGCCAUCUACCAAGAUGAUCACGGCGCGCAGCAGGCCUUGAACGCCUCGCCCAUCCGUUUCGCACUCGAGCGCGUCGUCGUCGAUGAUGUCGGACUUUCCGGCCACAAAUCGAGCGGAGGGGAUCUGGACGAUGAAACGGCCAUCGCACCGCCGACUCCGUACACCCCCGGCGGCAGCAGCGGCCUCAACAGCAGCAGUGGAAACAGUGAAGACGAUAUGGAUACAUUGAUGCGGCCGAGCCAAUUACUCACCCAGUCGUCGCUGCGAAACCAAACAGACGCAUCGUCAUCCCCCUCCUCCUCCUCCUCCUCGUCCGCCGCCGCAUCGGAACAAAACAACCACAACUCCGCCUCACCAUCGCCCUCGUCGUCGUCACCCCUCCCUCUCCCGUUCGAAACCCCCGCCACGCGCCCGCCCACAGCGAAGAAGUGGUUCCAAGUGACGGUGGACCGGUCGCGCGUGAUCCACCAGGACUUCGUGGAGCGGCAGCCGUUCUGGAAGCAGUUCGAGCCGACCAAGUCGACGGCGCAGGAGGACCUCGCAAAGGUCGUGCCCCACCCGGGCCUCAGCGACGUCUCCAAGCGCCCGCUGCACCACCACCGCACCCCAAACCACGUCCUCAAGAUGAUGUCCCACUACGUCGAGCACGUCAUGCCGAGCCUCAGGCAGAUGUACGAGGAGGGCGGCAGGGAGAUGAGGGAGAAGAAGUGA